CGGCGUCGCUCCGGCGUUAGGCCGGCUUCUCUCCACGGGCCGCGGAUGAAGUGUGGGUAGCCUAGGGUGCUGUAAGGGCCGCCCGGCGCGCUAAGGACCGCUAGCCACGCGGCGUCGGCUGGACGCCAGAGCGUCCGAGUCGUUGUGUCGUGACAACGACUCUGGUGGCUGUCUCAGCGACAGCAGGUGCGGCCGCUUCAGCCCCAGGCGGGCUUGGCGGCUGACUGGCGAGUCUCUGCUCACGCCCAGCCCUUUCCUUCCUGUACCCGGCGCCAAGCAGCGACGCUGAGCCGACCGCCGGAGCGACGGGCAAUGGCGGCCUCGACGGCCUCGCACCGGCCCAUCAAGGGGAUCCUGAAGAACAAGAGCGCUGCGACUUCCUCUGUGUUGGCAUCGGCCGAACAGCCCGGCAGGAGUGUCGACGAAGAGCUGAGUAAAAAGUCCCAGAAGUGGGAUGAAAUGAACGUCCUGGCGACAUAUCAUCCAGCAGACAAAGACUAUGGUUUAAUGAAAAUAGAUGAACCUAGCACUCCUUACCAUAGUAUGGUAGGUGAUGAUGAAGAUGCACUGAGUGAUUCAGAAACCACUGAAGCCCUGACCCCAGAUAUCUUAGCUAGGAAAUUAACUGCUGCUGCUGAAAGCUCAGAGCCAAAGUGUCGAGUUCGUGAACAAGAAAGCAGUGGAGAUGAGGAUAGUGACCUCUCACCUGCAGAACGAGAAAAAAAGCGACAGUUUGAAAUGAAAAGGAAGCUUCACUACAAUGAAGGACUGAAUAUUAAAUUAGCUAGACAAUUAAUUUCAAAAGACCUACGUGAUGAGGAGGAGGAUGAAGAAAUGUCAGAGACUGCAGCUGGAGAAAGCAUGAAUACAGAAGAAUCAAAUCAAGGAUCUACUACAUGUGACCAACUGCAAAACAAAUCACAGAGCUCAUAGAAGGGAUUCGUUCAGCACAGUAAUUGUCAGAUACAAACCGUUACUAUAACAUACUGCUUCUUGUUCUCUACAAUUCAUGACUUAAGUACCAAAAUGCGUACCAGUUAUUAUAUAUUGCCAAGAAUUAAAUAACUUUAGAGACUAAAUAGACUGAAAAUGCCUAAUUGAUACAUAUAUUCUUGUGCCUAGUACUUCACCACAAAUACAGCAUAAUGUCAUCAGUCCAAAACUACAUUACUUUUGUAAGAACACUGGUUAAUUUGUAUAAGAUAUAUAGCUUUUUAUGCUUUAGAAGUUAAUAUCUUUUGGGGAGGGAGAAGGGAUCUAAUUUAUUUUCUUCACUUCUAGAUGUGAUAGCUCUUAUAAAAAUUAGGUUUUUUUAAAAUCAAAAUCCAAUUGGAACAACAGAUCAUACAGGCUGAUAAAUAUUCAGUCUGAAAAGUAUUUUAACAUGCAUCUUCAACUUGUCUGUUUAAUUGAAAAGAAUUAUAAGAGUUACUGUUGCAUUUUCUGGUAUACUACCUUUAAAAUUCCUGUUGAGUUUCUUUUAUGUUUACAAGGAAAGGAUUAAACUUUUUCUCAUCAAAAUUAGCUUUUUCCACAAAUAAAUUAUCAGGUUAAACUUGCA